UUCGAAGCGGCAUGGCGUCGCCGCCGUGCAAGGCUCGCGACGGUGCGCCAGGAACGACGAAACCUCAAAAGAAGCAAUGGAAUUCCUCCACAAAACUCCAUGACAGAAAGAUGCCUAAAUUCCUUCCACCGUCGUCAGUAUUGCGAAAGGAGGAGCUACCUGUCACAAACGACGAACCAUCUUUCACAGAAGAUGCACGGUUGCUUGUGGAAAAGGCUGUGGAAAGCGCAGUGCGACGAGAGAAAGGUGAAUAUGCCAAUCCUGUCGGCGAUUCCAGACAUCACGGCCAUAUGCAUGCGAAGACGACGCGAUGGCCCUGCGACAGUGCAGCGGCAGAAGGCGGGACUCACGGCAAUGCACCCACCAGCAUUCUCGACGUCGACAUCCAUCUCGAACGCGUACGAGCUGAACAAAAUCGACGCAAGACAGCUAUCCAGGCAUUUCAUCGGCACUUGGAGCGACAGAUUCAGCAGUUAAAGGACAUGGCCGAGGCCGCAAAGGAGCGUGAAGCUGCCAUGGAUGCUGCGUUCGAUGAGUACGUGCAAUUGAUUCGACUGCAGCACGCCAGCACACCGUAGUCACUCCUACGUGGCAUUUCAUAUGGUCUAUUGAGUCUAGUGCUACAUUCAGGAUGUGUUCGCGCUUGCCGUGAACCACACUAUAGCCGCCGCCAUGGCGCGUGGAAUCUGGCGCAAUGGAAACCAGCUGAAUGUACAAUACGG